ACUGACAGGUCACUCGACCAAUCAGAAGGCGGUAUGGAAUUAGUUGGUUGGCUCUGAUUCAGUGAAAUCAGAAGGGGGCGAAGCUCAUCGGACAGGCGUUCCCAGCUACCAGAGUAUCUGUAACUGGCAGGCAGACUGUAGACAUGUGUGGAAUCUUUGCCUAUCUCAACUACCAUGUGCCAAGGACUCGACGUGAGAUCCUUGAGAUCCUCCUCAAAGGUCUGCAGCGUCUGGAGUACAGAGGCUACGACUCAGCCGGUGUGGGAAUUGAUGGCGGAAAUGGCAAGGAGUGGGAGUCAAAUGCCAAGUCCAUCCAUCUGAUCAAGAAAAGUGGAAAAGUGAAAGCUCUUGAUGAAGAGAUCCACAAACAGCAGGAUAUUGACCUGGAUGUGGAGUUUGAUGUUCACCUCGGCAUUGCUCACACCCGCUGGGCCACCCACGGUGUACCAAGCCCAGUUAACAGCCAUCCGCAUAGAUCUGACAAGACAAAUGAGUUCAUCGUCAUUCACAAUGGAAUUAUCACCAACUACAAAGACCUGAGGAAAUUCUUAGAGAGCAAAGGCUACGAGUUUGAAUCAGAGACUGACACAGAGACCAUCGCCAAGCUGGUGAAGUACAUGUAUGACAACCGGGAGAGUGACGACAUAAAUUUUUCUACACUCGUGGAACGGGUCACGCAGCAGCUGGAGGGAGCUUUUGCCCUGGUCUUCAAGAGUGUCCACUACCCGGGAGAGGCAGUUGGCACAAGGAGGGGAAGUCCCCUGCUGAUGGGAGUGAGGAGUGAUCACAAGCUGUCCGCAGAUCAUAUUCCUGUGCUGUACCGCUCUUCUGCUAAAGACAAGAAAAGCUGCAGCGCCCUACCCAGGACAGACCAGGACACAUGCCUGUUCCCUGUGGAUGAGAAAGCUGUGGAGUACUACUUUGCUUCUGAUGCAAGUGCAGUGAUUGAGCACACAAACCGGGUGAUCUUCCUGGAGGAUGAUGACGUGGCUGCUGUGAUGGAUGGCCGGCUGUCCAUCCACAGGAUAAAGCGUAGGGCCGGAGACUAUCCAGCCCGCGCCAUCCAGACCCUGCAGAUGGAGCUACAGCAGAUCAUGAAGGGCAACUACAGUGCCUUCAUGCAGAAGGAGAUCUUUGAGCAGCCAGAGUCUGUGGUCAACACCAUGAGAGGGAGAGUCAACUUCGACAACAACACAGUGAUCCUGGGUGGACUGAAGGACCACAUCAAAGAGAUCCAGAGGUGUCGACGACUUAUCCUUAUUGCCUGCGGCACCAGUUACCAUGCCGGGGUGGCGACCCGCCAGGUCCUGGAGGAGCUAACCGAGUUGCCUGUCAUGGUGGAGCUGUCCAGCGACUUCCUGGACAGGAACACUCCCGUCUUCCGAGACGACGUCUGCUUCUUUAUUAGCCAGUCAGGGGAGACUGCUGACAGCCUCAUGGCCCUGCGCUACUGUAAGGAGAGAGGAGCUCUGACUGUGGGCAUCACCAAUACAGUGGGCAGCUCCAUCUCCAGGGAGACUGACUGCGGAGUCCACAUCAACGCUGGGCCUGAGAUCGGAGUAGCCAGCACUAAGGCCUACACCAGCCAGUUUGUGGCCCUGAUCAUGUUUGCUCUCUUGAUGUGCGAUGACAGGAUUUCCAUGCAGCCCAGGCGCCGUGAGAUAAUCCAGGGCCUGAGAGUGCUUCCAGAUCUGAUUAAGGAGGUCCUCAGUUUGGAUGAUGAGAUCCAGAAGUUGGCGACAGAGCUGUACCAGCAGAAAAGUGUACUAAUCAUGGGCAGAGGCUACCAUUAUGCUACCUGCCUGGAAGGAGCAUUGAAAAUCAAGGAAAUCACGUACAUGCAUUCCGAGGGAAUCCUGGCCGGAGAGCUGAAACACGGCCCACUGGCCCUGGUGGAUAAACUCAUGCCAGUCAUCAUGAUCAUCAUGAGAGACCACACUUACAACAAAUGUCAGAACGCCCUGCAGCAAGUUGUUGCCCGCCAGGGCCGCCCCAUUGUGAUCUGUGACAAAGACGAUUAUGAGACCAUCAAGAACUCAAGCCGCAACAUCAAAGUGCCUCACUGUGUGGACUGCCUGCAGGGCGUCCUGAGCGUCAUCCCGCUGCAGCUGCUGUCCUUCCACCUGGCUGUCCUCCGAGGCUACGAUGUGGACUGUCCAAGAAACCUGGCCAAGUCUGUGACAGUAGAGUGAACCGCACCAUUCAUCACCUAGCAACAAAAGCCUGGCGGACACGUAUUCAAACACACAGAGACGGCGAGGGAGCGUCUGUAUGCAGAAACCAAGAGAAGACCAUGUCCCGUUUAUGUGUCUCGUGUCAUGACUCUUUUUAAUGCAAUGUUUUACUCAACAGUUGCAUAUCAUCUAUAUCUCACUGUCUAUUUUCUCCAACACCAUUGACAUCAUUGUCAAAUUACUGUUAGAGAAGUUGUUUUGUUCGUGGUGGCAGGGUCUGGGCUCGUACUGACAUAUAUCUCCAUUACUCUCUGGGUUUGUGAAGCCGUAGCAACUGACAGUGGCCAUUCGGGUUUAUUCACUUUCCCGCUCCAUGUUUAUUUGUGCUGAUUAGUCUCACUGGGAGCAUCUGGGAGCAUCUUGGAGCUGAUGUUAAAGCUGUUGACUGACAGAAGUUAGGUUUUAAAGACCUUACUGGCUCUUUUGUUUUUUGGUUGUUUUUUAUCCUGUAGUGCAAUGAUUUGUAGUUUAGUUGGGAUAUUUUUCUUUGGCAGCUAGUCAUUUGAAGCAUCUUUACUCCACAGUAAGAAAAGUAAAUCAUUCCAAGCCCCAGGUCACCGCUUCGUAAUUGCAGCGCAGUUUGCCAGGUUUGACUCCGUUUCUCUCUCAGACUUUUGUCUGAGGACACAGAAAUUACAGCAGCAUCACAAGUCAGAUAACAGAAAAGAUUGUGAAUACACUACUGUGUAAAAUCUUCUUGGGUAGGUUACAAAAGCAUGUUCUCGUGUAUAAACCUAGUGUUUCUGGCCAUACACUGUUUCUGCUUUUACUACUUGCUGUUUAGUUCUUUAUUUUACUGUUUAGUUCUUAUGUUCAACUCUGUUGCUUCACUGCUCAAAAGAGAGACCUUAUUGCUGAUUUCAGGUCUCCAGUUUACAUUGAAAUUACAAACUGAAUUCAAGCGAGAUGAAGUUACUAACCUGAAGUAGAAGUUGCACCCAGUUGCCGGCCCAUGCCCUGCCACCACGACUGCUGCAAUAUUGGAACCAUUUGAUGCAAAUCUUUUUUUGUUUUGUUUAAUUUUCUUAAAAAAAUAAAAAUAAAAAUUUAUAUUAUUGACGUUAUGCUUUUGAUUUGAAAUGUGAAUGUUACUGUCACUUGAAAUGUCCUGUCAAAGCAAAAAUCUCAUUGGCUUUGGCAGUUGUAAACCAAAACAUGUUCAUUUAUAUUGUUUUUGUAGCCAAACAUGUACUGAUUGAUUGUGUGUGCUAUGAAGAUACAUCAAGGCUUAAAAGGGAGCAUAUACAGUUUUAUGUCAGUAUGUCAGACUGUAGAUGUUUAUGUAGAUAUCACCUGUGUCUGUGAUUCCAAAUGUCUUUCUUUCAAAGGUCAAGAGUGCUGUUGUACACACAAAGUUGUGUAGUGAAGAAAUGGGAGCUGCUUGUUUUGAAGUCAGUCACAUAUUUUAGGUUUAAAGAUAUUUAUCUUGCUUUUGUAAUCAAGCCUUAACUCCCCCCCCUCCCCCCUUUUUUUUUCUUUUCCCCAACAUUGAGCUUCUCCCAAGCCAGUGAAAGGGUUUGAAAACGGGACAAUGUUGUUACAGGUACUUUUGUAACCCUCAUACUUAAGCAGAUUUUGAUUUCUUGACUGGAGGCAUUGACAAAGGAUGCUGCAGUGAAUCCUAGCAACAUCUGUUGGAAGCUGUUGGGUUACUGAGGGAGUGGGGCACUAUUCAUUAGUGGAACUGAUGCAUUAAAGUGUCAAAUACU